AUGAAGGCGUUUCAGCGUACUCUUGCAUAUUCAAGGCUCUCCCAGAGACGGCCAUUGGCUCACAAAGUACUUGUGUUUGCCCCAAGACGAUGCGCAUCGACGCAAUUUGGCCAGACAAGCAUAGAUCCCAAUGUCGACCCCGGCCCCAACCAGCCAGAAGACGAGAAGGGGGGCAGGCGAAAUCAACGGGACAAGCCUCGUAUCAGUCCAUCCGUCUGGAAAGUGUUUGAGACGGCGGCUACUACCUUUGCCUCGAUCGCAAUCCUGGGCUUAGCAGGUUACUCGUACCAUCUUUACUACAAGUCCAUGGUUUUGCGCAAGAUUGAGAGAGCCUUUAUGCCUGGUGAUCCCAUGCUGGACCUUGCCACAUCGCCCCCAUUAAACACGGCCAAAUUACUGGGCGAGGACGCGGAGACUUCAGAUUUGGAAAACGAUACUUGGAUACUACGAGCCGAACAAUCCAAGGUAGACGACAUAAUUUUGGGUGCUCGUACUGGGCGUUACUAUCUAAUUGUGGGGGAAAAGGGCACCGGAAAAUCCACCAUGAUUCUGGAUGCAAUGAGGAAAACCCAAGGUGAAGGCGUGUCCAUGUUCGAAGCCCAUGCCGAUCUUGAGAUCUUCCGUCUGCGCCUCGGCAAAGCCCUCAAUUACGAUUUCCAUGAGGACUAUAUCGGCUCCUUGUUCUCUAUCCGUGGCCCAAGAGACACAACUGCACUACUCGACAUCGAGCGAGCAUUUAACAAGGUCGAGAAAAUUGCCCUCAAGAGAAGAGACGAAGCUGCAAAGGCCCCUUCGCGCACCAGAGCUGGCCCCCUGGUCAUCGUUGUCAAUUGCAUGCACUUGAUCCGGGAUGACGAGGAUGGUCAAGAUCUCAUCGAACUCAUGCAGCAACGGGCGGAGCAGUGGGCUGCUUCUAACCUGAUCACAGUGGUGUUCAACUCAGACGACUACUGGGUAUACGAACGAUUGAAGAGAUACGCCACACGUAUGGAGGUCUUACCAAUUCUCGAUCUCCCUAAGCCCAGAGCUAUCACAGCUCUAUCUCGCUUCCGAGCAAGGUAUUUUCCCGAGGAAGAGAUUGACAGCGAUAUCAUCCGUCAGGUUUAUGACCAGGUAGGGGGCCGAACAAAUUUCCUCAGUCGUGUGGCCAAAUCCAGGGACAUGUUGGGCAUGUGCAAGACUAUCGUGGAAGCGGAAAAGACUUGGUUCCUCAACCAGUGCGGCAUUCUCGGCGCGGAAAUGGACGACGAUGUCAUGGACCAACAGAAGUUUGCGAGCGCUGCUAUGGUCCUUGCCAGAGCUCUUGUCGAAAAACAGAAAGAACUCGAUACCACAUACGAUGAGAAACAGGGCCACAUCUUGCCUCAGAUCCCGCUGUACAUAGCGCGCCAGAUCAUGACCCGGGCGGAUUUCAUCAAGCAGUACGACCACGAGAACAUCUUCACUAUCGACAGCAAAGCUAUGGUUCGCGCCGACUCUGUACCCAUGAUGAAUGCCUUCCAACAAAUCUGCAGCGAAGAGGGUUUCGAUGAGUACCUGGAGGCAACCCUCGACCGCAUUGCUGCCAUUGAAAGCCUCAACAGGACCAAGGAAUUGACGAUGAAGGACCUCUGGAUUGAGCAGAAAGGCGAACAGCGUGGAAAGUAUUCGUUCAUUACUCGGGACCACAAAGGCCGCGAAACCGGCAGCAUGGACUUUGUGGUCCGGCCGAACGAGAGUCCUGAGGACAAGAAAGAGGAUUGA